UCGAAAGGGUAGAAGACUGUCAAGACACUUGUCGCCUCCUGCAAACAUUAACGGCCGAAGAAGAAGAAAUCACACGAUCUCUCUGUAAAGGCUUGUGGCCCUCUUGGCAAUUUUCUAUAAUGGGGUCAUACAUGAACUUCAAGAAUUUUGGGGACACAGCACAGCCUGAUGGCAGCGGGGAAACACCAAUGGAUAACUAUCCAUUGGCUCGACAAUCAUCCGUAUAUUCCUUGACCUUUGAUGAGUUCCAGAGCACUUUGGCUGGACCCGGAAAGGACUUUGGAUCCAUGAACAUGGAGGAUCUUUUGAAAAGCAUUUGGACGGCUGAAGAGACUCAGGCCAUGUCUUCUUGUCCUGGCAGUGGAGAUGGGAUGGCCCCAGGUGGAAAUUUGCACAGGCAAGGAUCUCUAACCCUGCCACGUACCUUAAGUCAGAAAACUGUAGAUGAAGUGUGGAGAGAUGUGCUUAAAGAAACUGUUGGUGCGAAAGAUGGAAGUACUGGUGGGGGAUCAAAUUUGGAAGUGAGGCAGCCGACUUUGGGUGAAAUGACAUUAGAAGAUUUCUUGGUAAGAGCAGGGGUUGUUAGAGAAGAUAUCCAACCUUCUUGGACGGCAAAUAACAAUGGAAUCUAUGGUUUACCUCCGGCAAGUGGUUUCAGCAUUGGUUCAACCAUAGGAUUUCAACAGCCACCUCGGAACCAAGGUGUAUUGGGUAAUCAACUUGCAGAGAACAACAAUUUAGUCCAUAAUUUACAGGCCUUAGAGAAGAAUAUAAGUGGUGUUAUAUCUCUUCAGCAACAACCUAGGCAGCCACAGCCUCUUUUUCCCAAACAAACGAUAAUGAGUUUGUCAUCUCCCAUGCAACCUGGUAACAAUGGAAAGCUGGCUAGCCCAGGGGUAAGAGGUCAAGUUGCUGAAAUAUCAAAUCCUUUGAAUAAUACUCGAGUUCAAGGUGGACAAGUGGUCAUGGGGACAUUACACAAUGGGGGCUCGACAGUUGCAGGAAGGUCUCCCGGAAAUCUUCUAACUUCAGAUACAAUUGCUAAGAGUGAUGUAGAUACAUAUUCACUGUCCCCUUCUCCUUAUCCAUUACGUGAAGGUGGUCGAGGAAGGAGAUCAUCUACUUCUUUGGAGAAAGUAGUGGAGAGAAGGCGCAAGAGAAUGAUGAAAAACAGGGAGUCUGCUGCAAGGUCACGGGCUCGGAAGCAGGCAUAUACCUUGGAAUUGGAAGCAGAAGUAGCAAAGCUCAGAGAAAUGAACCAAGAGUUUCGGAAAAAACAGGCAGAAUAUAUGGAGAUGCAGAAAAAUCAGAUAUCAGAAUCAACAAAUAUGCCACGGGUAGGUAAAAGAAUAUGCUUGAGAAGGUUGCUGACCGGACCUUGGUAGGGUUGAGCCCACGAAUUUAUUGACCGUCAUUAGUGAAUCGAAUUAGAUUGUGUAUUAUGAUAUGAUUCAGAUCUCAUUAUAUACAUUGUGUACGUAGUUUUAUGUAUAGAAGCAAAGAGUGGCAUGCUGUAAACUAUAGUACUAUGAGAUUGGGGCUUGUGUGGUAUCUAUUUGCUUCUCAUUUCAUCUUCAAGUUCUUUUGA